UGUCCCCUCACACCGUCCCUGUGGUUUGGCCUGCGUAGCACUGACUGUGGGCUGUAGUGUCCCUGAGCUCUGCCUGCCAGGCAGCAGAACAUAGCUGAUGUCAACAGUAAGUGAAGCCCUGAGGUCGGUCACAUGGUGUCCUGUCAUUCAUUCAUUCAUUCAUUCAUAUUAUCUGAUGUUUGUUCACAGUGACUGUCAGUGCUGUUUACUGUUCUCUCUCUCCCUCACUGUCAAAUGCUUGCUCGCCCAGCGUACAGCCAACCAGCUCUGAGCAGGCCCCUCCCCCUCCCUCCUCCUCUCCCUCCCCCUCUCUAGCCCCCCCCCCCCCUCAGUGAGCAGUAGUAGAGUCCAGAGGACGGACGCUGGCUUUUGGUCUUCACUUCUUCUUUCAUUCCCAUCUUUGUGUCUUUCCCUCCAACUCGUUUGUCUCUUCUGCUGUGGACGGACAGACGGACGGACGCUCUCCAUCAUCACCUCCAUCACCCUCCUCCUCCUCUGAGCUCCAGCUGUGGGACUGUGUCGGACGGAUGCCAUGAUUCUUUCCACAGAAAGUUGUGUGUGUGUGUUAAAGUCCUGAUUGGCUGAUUCAAACACGCUGAGCUGACAUCCCGCUCAUGAAGUUCAUGGCGUAGCAUGACGUGACCUUGGCGACAGCGACAGUGUCCACGUUGUGUUUUCAGACUUUAGAGCUCGUUAUAUGCUAAGCUCGUUGCCGUAGUGACCAGGAUGCAGGUGUCCAUAGCAUGUAACAUGGGUGGCGGUGGCGGCGCGGUGAGCGAACACCCGCUGAAGGAGCGGCGGGCAGCAGCGGCGAACACAAGCACCGCCCCCACCUGUCAGUCAAAGGUCAGCGCGGAGCCGUCCAGCAGACACACCCUGCUAGGCCAUGCCCACAUGAAGGAGGCCCUGGGUCGUCAUAGCAACAUGAAGUACAGGAAUCUUGGGAAAUCUGGACUGAGAGUGUCCUGCUUAGGACUGGGAACAUGGGUGACAUUUGGCUCUCAGAUCUCUGAUGAGAUGGCAGAGAGUGUGAUGACGCUGGCGUACGACAGUGGUGUUAACUUGUUCGACACAGCAGAGGUGUACGCCUCAGGAAGGGCAGAGACGACUCUGGGAAACAUCCUGAAGAAGAAAGGAUGGAGGAGGUCCAGUUAUGUGGUGACCACUAAGAUCUACUGGGGAGGACAGGCGGAGACAGAGCGAGGGUUGUCACGUAAACACAUCAUUGAAGGGCUGCGUGGAUCUCUCUCCAGGUUACAGUUGGAUUAUGUUGAUAUCGUCUUUGCUAACAGGAGUGAUAUCAAUGCACCGAUGGAGGAGGUCGUCCGUGCGAUGACCUUUGUGAUCGAUCAGGGUUUGGCCAUGUACUGGGGAACAUCACGCUGGAACGCUGUGGAGAUCAUGGAGGCGUACUCAGUGGCCCGGCAGUUUAACCUGGUCCCUCCUGUCUGUGAACAGGCUGAGUAUCAUUAUUUCCAGAGAGACAAAGUGGAGCUGCACCUGCCGGAGCUGUACCACAAGAUCGGUGUUGGAGCCAUGACCUGGUCUCCGUUAGCCUGUGGUCUGCUGACAGGAAAAUACAACGAGGGUGUCCCCGAGAGCUCCAGAGCCGCCAUGAAGGGUUAUGUGUGGCUGAAGGAGCGUCUCUGCAGUGAUGAAGGGAAAAAACAGCUCAAUAAAAUCAAAGAGCUCCACCUGCUGGCCGACAGACUGAACUGCACUCCUGCUCAGCUCGCCAUAGCGUGGUGUCUCCGCAGUGAAGGCGUCAGCUCGGUUCUCCUCGGAGUGUCCAACACAGAACAGCUACUGGAGAACAUCGGUUCUGUCAGGGUUCUCUCUCAGCUUGCUCCGUCACUCAUCACUGAGAUGGACACGUUGCUUGGCAACAAGCCACGAAACACCAAGAAAGAGGCAAGGAACUGAGGAGGACGAGGAAGAAACGAAAAACCUUCUCAAAACUGGAAAAUGGAAACAUCAUGGAAGACGGACACGUGGAAUUAAGUAUUUGUUCUUCAGGGAUGGACACGGCCACAUCGUCCUCAUUGACAUGGUGACGGGAGCAUUUCAUUGUCCAUCCACAGGGAAACUUUAGUUAUCGUAGAUAAUCCGAAAUAUUUAUUCUUAAGUUUAACACGAAGACACCGAUGCAGAGCCUCGUGUCCACGGAGUUCACCAUCAGCUGAGAAAUACAGGUGUUUGACAUCCGCCUGACGUUGUUGCCCUGGCAACAAAACUUUUACAUAAGAGAAUUAUAGAAUAAUAAUAAUUAGUACAAUAAAAACUGAUCCAGGCUUAGUUUGACAUAUGAUGAGCAGAGGCCUCUCUCACUGUAACCGACAAGCUGAAAUUAUGACAUUAGACGCAUUGAUGAUGAUGAUGAUGAUCAUUCAUUGCUAUAUUUCUAUUCAAUCUGUGUUUAUUUCAUUAAUUUUAGGAAGGUGUUAAGGUCAGAUUGAAGUUUCUCUACUGUUUCUGUUUGUUCCUACGUGACUUCACUCUGCUCAUGGAUUGUAUGGAAGCCUAUUUGCACCAAGGAAAGAAAAGAGUAGAUGAAAUGACAAAUUAUAAAGAAAAUUAAAAAUAUUCACAAUAAGUCAAAAUUUUCUUAUUAUUACUACAUAAUGUUCAGUCCUGAUGAUUUUCACGUUGCAAAGGUUUCUAGCUGUGACUGCCAAAAUGAAAAAAUGAAUUGAAAAUGAUUGCCAAGUUUUAUAAUUUCUUCUGUUUUUGGCAGAAGUAGGCUUCCGUAUAUGGCUGUUAUCAAAGAAACAAUGUUAGUGUCAACUGCUGUAAGAAAAACAUGGCCAAUGCUCCUGUGCAUUUCUUGACAACACCUUGUCUUCAUUGGUACGAGGCUCUGGACUCUCUCCUGUAUCCUCUGUAGUCCACUGAAAAUAAAAUUA